UCACUCUCCCAGAACUGGAUAUACAGCAUUUUUGUGUGUUAAAACAUAAAAAUCACUCUCCCAGAAUCUGAGUAGGAACGCAGCAAUGGCGUAUACCUUUCCCAAAGCUUAUCUCUCCUGCGUUUCUCCGUUUCGCCCGAGCUAUCUGUACCCUCUCCUUCCCAUUGUUCUCUCUUCCCAAAUUCGUUCGCUCCCUCCAAUGCAUGCUUUCUAUCUCUCUGCAUCUCUCUCUACUGCUCCCCAAGACAAAUCGUCCCCUCCUACUCUUCCAUCUCAGGAAGGAAGCAGCAGUCGUUGGAAGCCCAUGUGUUUGUACUACACGCAAGGCAAGUGCACUAAGAUGGAUGAUGCUAUCCACCUUGGGAAGUUCAAUCAUGAUUGCUCCAGGGACCUUGAAGUGAAUAUUUCUAAGUUGAAAUGUAUACACUCCCAGAACUUAGACUUUUUUCUGGUGCUUGAUUUGGAGGGCAGAGUUGAGAUUCUUGAGUUUCCAGUUCUGAUGAUAAAUGCAAAAACCAUGGAGGUCAGGGACUUUUUCCACAGGUUUGUAAGGCCCUCGGAAAUGAGUGAGCAAAGGAUAAAUGAAUAUAUUGAAGGAAAGUAUGGCAAGUUUGGAGUUGACCGUGUCUGGCAUGAUACAGCUAUACCAUUUAAGGAAGUACUUAAUCAAUUUGAAGUUUGGUUGGCUCAGCAUCGCUUGUGGGAAAAACAGUUGGGUGGCAGUCUUAAUGGGGCAGCAUUUAUAACUUGUGGAAAUUGGGAUUUGAAAACAAAGGUCCCUCAGCAGUGCAAAGUCUCGAAGAUGAAGGUUCCCCCAUAUUUUAUGGAGUGGAUCAAUCUCAAAGAUGUCUACUUAAAUUUCUAUAAAAGGAGGGCCACAGGAAUGAUGACCAUGAUGAAGGAACUUCGAAUACCAUUGGUGGGAAGUCAUCAUCUUGGGAUUGAUGACACAAAGAACAUAGCAAGAGUGUUGCUACAUAUGGUUGCUGAUGGUGCAGUCAUGCAGAUUACCGCUAAGAGGAGUUCCACUUCUCCUGAAGAUGUUGAAUUCCUAUUCAAGAAUCGGAUAAGAUAGCUGCUUCCAGCUAGAUUUGUCAUUUGUCACUUAACUGCAUGUAUUCAGGAAAAAAUUAAAAAAAUGAACGAAUUUAUUCCA